GCCUCGAACGCCUCGUCGAACAGGAGCCGGCGACGUCGCCCCCUUCGUCCCCUCCACCGCGCCCACGCCACGAAUCCAUUCCAUUCCCAUUCCUCCCCGCGCCGCGCGCCUCCAUAAUACCGCACCGCCACCCUCCCCCCAUGCCGCAAAGCCAGCAGCCAUUGGGACGAUUUGGCAUUCGAUUCCCAGCCCGGCCCACGCGCCUCGCCCCUCGCGCCUUGUUGGCGCGUGCCCCAGACACCGAGAGAGAAGCGGCGGCGGCGUUUCCCAUGAAGGUGCUGUGCAGCGCCUGCGAGGCGGCGGAGGCGAGCGUCCUCUGCUGCGCCGACGACGCCGCCCUCUGCGCGCGCUGCGACCGCGAGGUCCACGCCGCCAACCGGUUGGCCGGCAAGCACCAGCGCCUGCCCCUCCUCGCCCCCGGCGGCCAAAGCGCCGCCGUGGCGCCGCCCAAGUGCGACAUAUGCCAGGAAUGCGACGCCUACUUCUUCUGCCUCGAGGACCGCGCGCUGCUCUGCCGGAGCUGCGACGUCGCCGUGCACACCGCCAACGCCUUCGUCUCGGCGCACCGCCGCUUCCUGCUCACCGGCGUCCAGGUUGGCCAGGAGCUGGAGGACCCCGCCCCGGAGCAGCCGGAGCCGCCGCCGCCCCCGCCGGCCAAGAGCGACCCGGCCCCGCCGCUUUACGGCGAGGGCGACUUCAGCUGGGCGGCCGGCGUCACCGGGUUCCUCGAGGACUGGGCGGCCGUGAACGAGCAGUUCGGCUCCCCUGCUCCGCGCCAAGCCGAGGCGGGGAGCCGGGCCACGCCGAAGCGGAGCCCGCGGGCGCCGGCUUUCGGUGCCGGCCAGGGCCGCGUCGCCGGCGGGAUCAUGGACUGGCCCCUGGGCGAGUUCUUCCGCGGCGUCAGCGAUUUCAACGGCGGCUUCAGCUUCGGCGAGAGCGGCACCUCCAAGGCCGACAGCGGGAAGCUCGGGGGCAGCGCGGGAGGCUCCCCGUACUACCGCUCGUCGUCGGAGGACCGGGACGCCAAUGAGAUGUUCGGCCAGGUGCCGGAGAUCCAGUGGUCGGUGCCUGAGCUCCCCUCCCCACCGACGGCCUCCGGGCUCCACUGGCAACACGGCGGCGGCCCCGACAGCACGGCCUUCGUGCCGGACAGCUUCCCGACCGCCGCAGGAGCAAAGCGCCAGAGGAAUCGCUAGCGCGGGAUCACCAUGCGCAUGAUUGUUCCGGCAGCUAAUUGCUGUGCUGAGCCAACAUAUUGCAGCUGCUGCAUCCAGGACAGUAGAACACUGACCAGAUCCUGGGUGCGGUGUCAUACUGUCGUCUGAAGCUUCAUUGCCAUGGUGAUGCUUCAACUAAUCUAGCUAGGAACAGAGAAGAUAGUGAGUACUAGCGAGGAUGGUGGUGGUUGAGGUUGACGUUGCAUCGAGCAUCGUCAAUCCGUGGUGACGGUGAGAGUAAUGGGAUUUGAGCUUGUGUGCGUGUUUGGCAGCUGGUGGCGCAUCGAAUCGAACACCGGACGAUGGAAAUGGAACGAUCAAGAAACUGCUAGCCUUUUGAUUUCUCGAUGGAGGUCUGAAACUGAAGCCCAAACAGAUAGCUGGAACAGUGCCAGGAACAGAAGAUUUGAUGCUGAUGCUUCGUUUUCUUGUCCGUUCAAAGCUUGAUCUCAGUGGGUAUGUUCCAUCAGUGGAACAAAUUAAAGACGCUGGCGAUGAUUGUACAUUACCUAUCUAUAUGAGGAUGCUUACCUCACCUUUUCGCUUAGGUGGCAGAGAGAGAACGAGAAGAGAUAAAAUGUUGUUGAGGGUUUAACCGUUUAAGAUUUGAAUGAAUUGAAUAAAUUUGAAUGUCGAAACUUUUGAAAAAA